AUGGAUCCCGGUUUCUGUCCUGAUUGUGGUACAGUGUUACCACCUCUCAAAUCAUCUAGUAAAGUGUCCUGCUACAAUUGCCAGGGCUUGUUCGAUGCUUCAGCUUUUGGAACGAUGGAAUCAGAGUAUACGAUACACUUUAAUUCUUAUGCGAAUAAAAAAUCGGAUCAAGCAGAUCGUGGCGGGGAAGACGCAGCAGAAGGACCGAUUGUUAAUAGGCAAUGUCCAAAGUGUGGCAAUGAUCAGAUGUCGUACGCUACCCUACAGUUACGUUCGGCGGAUGAAGGUCAAACUGUGUUUUUCACAUGUACCAAGUGCAAGUACAAAACGUCGGAAAAUUCAUAGGGGGUUGUGCUUCUAAUCAAUGCAACAAGGAUUAUUAUGUGUACAUA